AUGCCCUCCCCCCUUCGUUUCGACUUCAUUCACCACAUUCUCCAUCGUUUCGUUGAGGGAGCUAUAUCCGCCACACAAGCAAGCCCCCUCAAACGCAAGCGAACCUCGCUAGAUGGUCCUCUCCCCUCACGUGACGUCACCCAUACUGCACUUCCCCAUCCACCACCUCUAGCCACCAUGACCUACGCCACACAGCUAGGCGCCUCGUCACAAACACAACAAUCCCACAGCCACCCCCCCCAACGCACCUACGACGCAGCGGCCCGAGCGCGCCAACCACACACCGGGGACCCCGAGUCUACGCAGCCUCUCUAG